UCUAAAUUUAUCGCUUAUUGUUUUUUUUUUCCUUCAGAUAUGUGCAGAGUUUUAUUGAAUUUGCAGAUUGAUCGCGUCUCUUGGAUAUAAUUUUCAAUUUUACGUUGUCGCGUUGAUCAGGCGUGUUCUUCUAGGCGUGAACGGCAGGUCGAGUGUCUCCGCCAAUUACCAUGCGAAACACUUGACUUAUCGCGUGCGACCUUUACAUCACGAGGCGGAUUUCUUUACGAGCUUUAAUUGCAACCGUUUUAAUGACGAGUCUUUAUACAUCUCGCGUGUUUCUAAUGCGUAGACCCGCUGCUUUCAUGUCAGGAUCGAAUAACACUUCAAACGGAGGAAGAGUAUCUCAUAAGUGAUUAGACGUUAAAGAGUUAAUGACCGUAAUUUUGUUCCGUUGAUUAACAGACGAGAGUAUCGUCGUUGUUGUUUCAUGUAAUAAUCGCCAUGUAGCAAGAAAAAAGAACACAGCUUGACGAACAGAAAGUAUCCGAGACGCCGAUUCAGUCUAGUUUCUGAUAAAUCGCACAGCAUGUAUAAGAGAAUAGAAUUACAACGAUCUCGGAAAACAUUGUCAGAUGGUAGAUAAUGCCACUUGUUUUACAUUUGUCGCGCGUUAAGAGUUUCCCAUUUUUAGACAAAUAUAUUAAGCAGGUAUAUUUUCAAACUCUGACGUAUUUUGAUAAAGUAUUGUAAAGGUGCUCUUUAAAAUUUUAAAUAUUCAAAUGCGAUGCGUGUUAAGAUUUACGAAGCAGAACUGAUUACGGAAGGUACAUUACACGGUAGUUGCAUCGUAAAGUGCCAAACAAAGGCUUGACUACGCUGUUCCUCUCUUUCCAAUUGUCCCGCUGAACCGUCAGUAUGAUUAAGCGAUCUAGGAAUAAGUUACACUGAGAUAUAUAGAUAUAGAGGUUAAAAACUGUACAACAUACAUAUGAAUGUAGAGUGGGGAGAGAAAGAGAGAGAGAGAGAGAGAGAGAGAGAGAGAGAGAGAGAGAGAGAGAGAAACAUUGGAAAAGGAACAAAGAGGGGAAUGGCAUCUGUCAUAGGGUAGGUAAUACAUUUGUUCGUUAACCGUCGCAAAGCCGUCGGAGCCAGAAAAAAAGGAGAGUAGCGGAUCAUGGCGCUGAUGGUGUUCGUGCAAAUUUUUGUAUGAAGCGAUUCCGACGCGCGACGAUAAAAUCCACGUCUCAUUGGGUUGAAAAGGGAAGAGUCGAGAGAGAAAAAAGGAGAGCACUCUUUGGCUUAAAGAAACGAAUUAGUCGGCUUCAACCUGAUCGAGUCGACAACAUAACCAUGGUGGGGAGGAACAAAAGUAUGGAGUAGUGGGUAGAACACAGUGGGAGGGAUGGUAGGGUGGGCGUGGUAUUGUAGGGGAGGGGCGAGGACAUGGGCGAGACCUGGGAAUGAAACUUGUGGUGGGGAAAACUCAAAUGGGGGCGGAGAGAAGUAGGUAUUCUCGUUAUUGUUUGCAGUGGCGCGAAUAUUUGUAUAUAUUCCCAAUAUGCACAAUGUUAAAUGAACUAUAAAUCUCUGCAAACAAAAUUUCGUAAACGGUAUUUUACAACAGCUAUUUAUCUGUCUAUUCUUGUAAUAAUUUCUUAAACAGAAGUUGAUAUUGAUCUAAGAAAAAUUUUAUUUAAAACGUUUUUAUUUGUAUACAUUUAUACAUUUAUGUAUAUUUUUAUAUUAACAUAAUGACGUCGAUCUAAUAUAAUAAUAUAUCUAAUAUAAUAAUAAAAUUCUGUAUAACAAAAUUGACAACAUUUUUCAGUAUCAUGUUAUAUUAAAAGUUAAAAAGUAUUUUUUUUCUCUUUGUUUAUUCUUAAUAUAGACAUUUUUAUAGUGUUCAAAUUAAACUGUACAGUAUGUUAUAUAAGUAAAACACAAAUCAGUUUCCUAAUAAUUGACUUAUUCGGUUAAAUGUAAUUUACUCAAAUAUAGUAAAUGAAAUGUUUGAACUGUGUCACUGCACAAGUUUAAUUUUUUCACCUAUUAAUUGACUGGUUAUGGCAAAAGUGUAGAAUUAAAGAGAGAAACGAAUCUCGUUGUGAAAUUGGGAGUCUGGAGGUAGGUAUGUUUGUAACAUUGAUCCGUAGGAAAUUCGUGAGCGCAGUCCCCUACUACCCGUACUACAGGCGGUGGGGAUGACGACAGGCGGAAGGGAGUACGGCACACCUUACGCCAGUGGGCGGAGCGUUUGACCGAAGAGUUAAUAGAGAUACAAUCGAGGGUGUCUAGUGCACUGCACUCCGGACUGCGGCGUAGGAGGAGUGAAGGGACAGGGGUGAGGAGGGACAGGCGGUAAGUAGGGACCCCAGGUCCCCUAGUUUAGACAUCACUGAGCGACGGAUGGACAGCCAGUCAGACCCGUCACAGCACUCGUUGGAGUACUCGGAAAUCUCGGGAAAAGCCGAUAGGAGUCCUCGGCUUGGACCGGCUCCAAAGACGAGCCGAUAAUUAACACGCCGGGAAUCAAACUAUAUUCGACGUAUUAAUAUUUCUAAGAACUUCAACGUGAUCCCCUUUACAACGACACGGCACGUGCAAAAUUUUUAUAAUGGAUUCGACAAUUUUGAAGAAUUGAUUGAACAGUGAAUCACAAGAAUCACAGUGCAAUCACGAAGGGAUCCGUGGUAGCCUUGGAGGAAUGCAGCGCGUGGACAAUAUGCCUCGUCGCGAUCAUUGGUGACACGUGAACAGUGUAUACGAGAGAUUUUCGAAAUUAACAAUACAGUUGCAUCAAGUGACAACGGUGGAAUUUUAUUCAAUGCGACAGGGCGAACAUUGACAGCAGUGAAUAAUGAAAACAUGCGUUUUCUUCUAAUAUUGUCCUAACGAUAUAGUGUCGCUAUUGACUUUUUAUUUUCUUUUAUCGGACAAAUUUCGAUAUAUGUAUAUGUAUUAAAAUGAGCGUAGCACUUGUGACUAUGGAUACUAUGUACGGUCUGCGACUAGGAGUCACCAGCCACCAGCCCCAUCAUCAUUAUCGUCAUCCUGUGCUGUCGCCGGAGAGCCACGUAGUGCCGCCUGAGGAUCGUCAGCCUGCCCAUCAGCCGGCUACCGAGACACCGUUACGUUUCAGCGUCCUCAACAUCCUCAGGCCGGAUUUCGGUCGCCAGGCUAUUCUUACGACGAAACAAUCCGUUUCUCCUAUAUCGUUGCAAUUACCGCGCAGUCCGCUCCCCCUUCCACGUGACCUCAGUCUAUCGUCCGCCCGAUUGUCACCGCAGUCGGUCCACAAAGAAAAGGACAGCUUCCCGUCUCACAAUGGGCUCACGUCACCUUUGCACAGGCAAAACGGGCUGAGCAGAAGCGGCAGUCUUGAAAGCCUCGCGUCCAGCAGGAGCUCAGUUACUAGUAGCACGGUCACCGGCUCGUCCUCCUUAUGUUCUACGUCGUCCACGAUUGGCGGUGAUUCUCUAAGCGGCGACAACGCAUCUGGCGGCGUUACCGGUAGCACGUCGUCAAGUCAGAAAAAUAGCACGAACGGCCAGAGCCAGUUGUGGCCCGCGUGGGUCUACUGUACCAGAUAUUCAGACAGACCGUCCUCAGGACCGCGCACGAGACGAGUGAAACGCUCGAACGGGGAGAAGCCCGGCCCGCCGGAAGAGAAGAGGCCCAGAACGGCCUUCAGCGCCGAACAGCUGAGCAGGCUGAAGCAGGAGUUCAACGAGAAUCGGUAUUUGACGGAAAAGAGGCGGCAGCAACUCUCGCGGGACCUGAAUUUGAACGAGGCGCAGAUCAAGAUCUGGUUUCAGAACAAGCGGGCGAAGAUAAAGAAGGCGAGCGGGCAGAAGAAUCCGCUGGCCCUUCAGCUGAUGGCGCAAGGCCUUUACAAUCACUCCACCGUGCCGGUGGACGAGGACGGCGAGGAGAUUGUGACCGGAAGGGAUCAUUGAGACUCGCAUAAAUUCAAAUGGCAGCGACGAAACAGCAGAAUUAGAGACUAGAGGAUGACACGUGGCUAUAUAAAGCGCUCUUACAAGCCGUUGUCAACGUUGAACGCUGUCGACAAGAAUAAAGCCGUCAAAAAUAUUAUUUAUGAAGAAAGUCCGAGUACAUAAUGAUCACUAUACGGAUUGAGUAAAGACUGAGAAACGGAACACAAGGAGCAGAACUUAUUAUUAUCGUAACGAGGAAUGAUAUUCGCGUGACGAUUUUAUAACAGUGCAAUUGAAAACUAUUGAACGGAUAUUACGUAAAUUAAUAUAGAUAGUCGAUAGAUAAGAUGUGUUUUUGUAAAGAUUAGCGCCGAGAAAUUUUUAUAGAGUAUCGUAGAAAAUUAUCUGGUUUCAAUAUUUCCGCGCUUAAUUAAACUAGAAUAUCUGCAGAGUAUUUGCCGAAGAAUUUCAAGUAAACUAAAUUAUAUUGUACUUUGUAAAAAUAUGCUAAAAGAAUAAUUUAUCAGUAGUCAUCUGCACUCGAUAUAUUAUAUUCUCAUGUAAAGUUGCGCGUUAGUUCCCAUUUAUUAUCCAUUGCCGUCCGUCGCAAAAGAAAAAGUAUCUGUAUAUAACACAUCUUAACAUUUUCAAAUUCAAAUCUGGAUGUUGUUUUGGUCACACGAAGAAAAACGUUUCUAAUAUGAGGACUGAAAUUUAGAUUGUAUCUAGCAAGUACGUCGUUAAUUCUGAGACUUACACUUAUUAGCUUAUAUAUAGCAAAUAGAAUUAGCUUCAGUUUAAGGAUAAAUUAUUUAUUUGUAUAUAAUGUAAAUAUAAUGAUAAUUUGUGUUCUUGUUUAUAUGUAAGAUAUAAACUAAAAGAUACAAUGGCGAUUAUUAUACCACUGCGUAAAACAAUUUCGCAUUGUAUAUUCUUCAUUCAUAUACAAGCCUAGAUACAUAUGUUAUACAGCUUAGAUAGAAAGUACGUAUAACGUAUAUAUCCUAGUGUUUUCCGCAAUAAGUGAUUAUAAUAUUCCAUGUAAUCUGCUUAUACUUCGUCGCCAAUUAAAUCGAAGUAAAGAGAACAUUUUACUCCUCAA